GCCCACAAGAGUGAAAGAUCAUUUCCAGCUCAUGGUUAGAAAAAUCUGACAAUUGAAUGUUUUGUUAACAUUCUAAUUUGAAUUUUUUUAUAUAAUAUUAAUGAAUAAAUUAGUACUAUGGUUUGAAACUAACAAUUACAAUGAAGGGAUUGCUUAUGCUUAUUUUAAUUUCGUUUCUUUUCUGGAAUGAGACUUUGCAGGCUAAUCAUGCAACUUUUUAUGGAAAUAGUUAUAUUUAUAUACCCUUCAAAGAAGCAAAAAGUACAACUGAUAUACAAUUCAAAUUUCGAACACUAUUACCAAAUGCCUUAAUUCUCUUAGUUACUGGAACAACAGAUUUUUGUAUUGUCCAAAUAGAAAAGGGAAGACUCAAAGUAAAUAUAAAUUUAGGAGCAGGAGAGUCUGAAUUAUUGUCUCCUGCUAAUUUUCCUCUAAAUGACUUUAAAUGGCAUAAUGUUUCUAUUGCACGAAAAGACGCCAAUUUAUCUGUGACGAUAGAUAAUUCAAGGAAAUUACAAAAACAUUUACCAGGAAGGUUUUUUGAACUCAACAUACAUUUUGGCUUAUUUAUUGGAGGACAUGGAAAUUUUAGUGAAAUUUUCUUCGGUCAUUUGGAGAAGUUUCGUGGUUGCAUUUCAGAUAUGCAAUACAAUGGAUUGAAUGCAAUUGAAGAAGCUCAUCAUCGUCAAAUGAAUGCUGUUGUUGAAAGUGUUACAUGGAAUUGUGCUGCAGAAUUUGAGUCUGAUAGAAAUCAUCCUAUAAGUUUCAUAAAAGAUAAUUCCUUCAUGUAUGUGGCCCACAAUGUGCAGCAUAAAGAAAUAAAAAUCCAGUUUGAUUUGAACACAAUUAUUGAUCAAGGAGUAUUAUUUUAUAAUACUGGUAAUUUGAAUAAACAAGAUUUUUUUGUCAUAACACUGUGGAAAGGCUUAAUACAGUGCGUGGUCAAAAUGAAUGAUGAAAUUAUAGAAAUCACGAACAAUAUGAGUGUAACAGAUGGAAAAUGGCAUAAAAUCUCUCUACAUCAGACAGCUAAAUUAUUAGAAUUAAGUGUUGAUGAAAAAAUUAAUUCAAUGGAAAAUGUUGCUGGGCAUACCUUCACUUUAAGCGAUAGUUCUUAUAUAGGAGGUAUAGAAGCCAUCAAGUUGUCUAGGGCCAUGGCUAAUGGCUGUAAGAAUUGCGAUAUGCAUUUCAAAGGAUGUUUAAGGAAUUUAUUCAUCGCACAUAAACAAACUGGUAUUCCAGAUGCUCAUAUAACCCAAGGACUUAUUCCAGGAUGUGUAUGGAAAUAUCCUUGUAAUCAAAAUCCAUGUAAAGAUAAAGGAUCUUGUGUUCAACAUGGUAUAGAUUCAUUCAAAUGUUUGUGUAAUGAUAAAUUAUGUAUAAAUGAAAAUUAUACAGAUAUAUACAGGGUAUUCUCACAGAAUAGUUUAGCAACUGAAUUAGAACUAUUAGCAGUUAAGCCUUUGGAAGUUAUGGAAGGAGCAAAUGCUGUUAUUACAACUGAAGUUUUGCAUAUGAUACUAGAUUAUCAGAAAUAUGGUAUACAGGAUUCUGGAGUACGAUUUAAUAUUGUCAAAGUACCAAACCACGGAACUGUUACUGUCUUGCCACACAAUUCCAAUAUGUUUUCCUUAAGCGAGGUGGCCAAUGAUAAGGUUCAUUAUAUACAUGAUGGUUUUGAGUUUUUCCAAGAUAGUAUAGUGGUGGAAUUGACUUUUCAACCUUCAGAUUCUUUCAUUUUACCUGCCUACUUACAAGGAACAUUUUUAUUCACCAUACCUAUAAACAUAGUCUCCGUUAAUGAUCCUCCUAAGCUGAAGAUGAACAACGGUACUGUACUACGAGUUGUGCAGGGCUCUAAGACUGUUAUAACUAAGGAUCUUCUAGAGGGUGAAGACCCUGAUACAGAGAGAGAAGAACUGGUUUAUAAUAUUCUAGCGCAAGAAGCUGGUUAUUUUGAGAACAGAUUGAAACCAGGAGUGGAGAUAUCUUCUUUCACUCAAAAGGAUAUCGAUAAAGGAAAUAUUUUUUUUGUAUCCCAGAAGAGCAAACUGAAUGAUUCAUACAUAUCUUUACAAGUUUCUGAUGGCUUGGAGACAAGUCAGCCUUAUAAAUUGAGGGUAACGGUAACCCCUCAAUAUUGGAGAUUGCAGAAUAAUACUGGACUGACCUUGCUUCACCAGAAUUCUGGUUUGAUAACUCCAAUGAAUUUGAGUUACACAUCGAACGUUGCAAAUGCUGAUUAUAGAGCUCAAUUCCGAAUUACCAAGAAACCAAGUUAUGGAAUUGUUGAGGUAGAAGUUAACGCAAACAGUUGGAAAGCUGUGGAUGUUUUUUCUACAAGUGAUUUAAAACAACAUAGAGUCAGGUAUCGGCAUACUACAGCUAAGCCAGAUAUUGAUGAAUUUCAGUUUCAGACAACUUUUGACAAGUCUUCCCUGUACACUUUUCGAAUCAACUUUGUACGAUGCUCGUUAUUUGAAAUCAAUAUGAAACCAAUAUUCAUGAAUGAAACUCAAGAGAUGAUCAUAACCAAACAAUAUCUGUCAUUUGAGACAAAACCAAUAAAAACACUAUCAACAUCAAUUAAAUAUGUGAUAAUCAAACCUCCAAAAUAUGGAAUAUUGUCUUCUUCUGUUUCUAAAUAUGUGUUAAAUACAUGCGAUUUAUUCACUCAGGAAGACAUUAACUCUAUGAAUUUGAAAUAUAAGUUGUUUCAAAAGUCAUUUUCAUAUGUUCAGGAUACAUUCUCGUUUGUUGUGUUUUCGCCAGGAUGUAAUAAUGUAACUAGAAAUAUGACGGUGAUUUUCUACCCUUCAUUGGAUACUAAAUCUAAGGUCAUGGCCAUUUUGCAUCCCCUUAGUUUAGAAGAAGGUUCUCAGAAAGUUAUAGAUACCAACUCUUUCAAUUUGAAGACAGAUUUUUUAAGAAAUGUAACUUUCAAUGUUACACAAGGACCUUCUCAUGGUUAUCUACAAUUGUUGUCUGAUGAUUCAAACAGUAAUGCAACUAAUUCCUUCACACUGAGUGAUGUGAAGAAUAAAAAACUUUCUUAUGUACAUGACGAUUCAGAAACAAACCAUGACGAAUUCAAAUUUUUGGCAUUGUCGCUUGAAGAUAAUUUCCAGUUUGUUGGAGAAUAUAAUAUCAAUAUUAUCAUGAAAAAUGAUAAUAGUCCUGUCAGAAAAGUAGACAAAAUAUUUCACUUGGUAGUUGGUGGUGAAAAGCUUUUAACCAGAGAGGACCUAGAAUAUGUUGAUAAUGACAUAGAAACAACACCAUCCAAAAUUAUCUACUCUUGCCAAGAAUCUCCUAAUGGUAAUUUUUUUAAUAUCGACAAUCCAAAUCAAAAUAUAAAGGAAUUCACACAAGAAGAUUUGAAUUCCGAAAGAGUAUUAUUCAAACAUAAUGGGCCAGCUUAUGGCAAAGUAAAAUUAUGGGUAACAGAUGGACAAUUCCAUCUCGAAAGUAUGCUGGAAAUUCAAGCUUCAGCUCCUUUUAUUAAAAUCAUUAUGCAGAAGAAAUUGAUUGUGGAAUAUGGAAAAAGUGCUGUUAUAACUAAAGAUCAUCUGGAUUAUUUCACUAAUUUGGAUGUAAGAGGAUCAGAUUUGAUCUACGAGAUAAUAACAAAGCCAUCCUUUGGGAAAAUUGCCUCAAAUACUUCUGAAAAGGCCGUAGUUUCCUUUACCCAGAAAGAUAUUGAUAAAGGUGUCAUCAGUUAUAUAAAUGAUCUUUCCUCUGCAAAUGGUGAUGAAAUCGGCUUAAGAGCCAAAUGUAAAGAUGCUGUGAGUAUAGCUCAGAUGGGAGUUUGGAUGUUACCUUCUUAUUAUUGGGAGCCAUUCAAAGAUAAAGGUACUAAAAAACUGCAAGUUGAGGAAUCUACAAGUGCACUAAUCACAAAAAAAGUAUUGGAGAUUUUCCAGACUAAUGUUCCACCGUCUUCUAUAACUUAUUAUGUCAGUCGGAUCCCUUUAAAUGGUUAUUUAACUAUACUGUCGAACACUAAUGACACAGACAGAGACAUAAUAAAUGUUUUCUCUUUCACUCAAGAUUUGAUAAAUGAAAAACGAGUUUUGUACAUACAAUCUGGUGCGAACGAUACCUCUGACAGUAUAGUAUUCAAUGUUACAAAUGGUAUUAUUUGGUAUGACAAUAUAGAAUUGAAAAUUGAGGUUAUACCAGAAAGGUUAUACUUGGGUAGCAGUAACGUACUUGUUGAAGAAGGAGGUGUAGCAGUUAUAACACCAGUAAAUCUGUUCGUGUUAACAAAUUAUUACAGGAAGAGGAUAACUGAUUAUGUUAUCCUCCAGGAUGCAAUGUUUGGAUGCAUCCAGGUCCACAAGAGGUGUAACAAGUUCAAUGGUUUCUCCCAUAAAGAGUUAGUUUCCGGUGUAGUUCGAUAUGCUCAUGAUGGAUCAGAAAAUUUAUCCGAUGAAAUAACAUUGGUUGCUGUUGCAGCCCAGAAGAGAAGUAUACCCAUUACACUGAAAAUUGAUGUGAAUCCUUUAAAUGAUAAUGAACCAAAAUUGGUUAAUAAUACAGGUCUUAUUAUGUGGGAAGGAGGGAAUGCCUUAAUCACCAAUGAAAUGCUGGCUGUCGUAGAUGCUGAUAUUCCAGAAGAUGUUAUCAAAUUCCAGAUUCUUGGAUCUUGGUGGGGUAAUGUUGUACAUAUGUCAGAUGUUAACACCCCAAUUACUUAUUUUACACAGUCUUCCAUAAAUGAACAGAGGAUCGGAUUUCAUCAUGAAAAUGGAACAGAAGCAAAAUUCAAAUUUAAUGUAACAGAUGGGGUUCAUAAGACAAAAGAUUACUAUUUUGUUGUGAAAACUAAGCCUGUGAAAUUGACUGUUAGAACAAAACCGCUUCAUAUAUUUCCUCUGCAAAGGAAAUAUUUAACUAUUUCCCAUUUAACUGCUUGCGUAUCAGACAAUAACAGGACAAUUUAUUACGAAGUAAUCGUUCCUCCAUCUCUUGGAAGGUUAAUGAUGGAAUCUAACACUCCAGGGAUUUUCAAAGUUGUAUCAAGAUUCUCACAAGACGAUAUAAAUAACACAAAAAUAUUUUAUGAACACACUCAUCAAUUUUCAGAUUUGUAUGCAAAUGAUUCCUUUGUGUUUAAUGUAAAAAGUCACCUUGCAAAAUCUUUGUUGAAAAAGAUUUUGAAGAUAGACAUAUCAGUAUCAUCAGGAGGAUUAGACUCUUAUAUUAACAUUCCCAAAAUAACAGUAGAUGAAGGAGGAAUGGCUAGUAUUCCUUUAAAUCUUUCGGAAGUGGUAGAAUUCUUAGAAAAUCAUUCAGGGCUUCGUUCUCCUAUUAUACAUGUAUCCUCAUCAACUCCACAGUUUGGCCAAUUGCUUUUAAAGGACCACAACAACUUUACUGCGUUGAAUGUGUUCACCCAACAACAGUUAGAAACUGGAUUAGUUUAUUAUCAUCAUGACCAUUCGGAUUCCAUUGGAGAUAAUAUUAAUCUAUCCCUAUAUUUAAUACCCCAUUAUAUACCCUUAUGUAAUAUAACUAUACCCAUCACUGUGAAUCCUAUCAAUGAUCAACCAUUUCAUCUUGUUACUCCAACACCUUCGUUUACUGUUGUCCAAGGAGAAAACCAUACUAUUACUAGAAAUGAAUUGGAAACAGAAGAUGCUGACACACUGCCGUCAAAAUUGAAGUAUAUAGUGAUAAGUGGACCCAAUCAAGGGAAAUUGGUGUUGUCACCUGAUACUGUUGCUAUAACACAUUUCACCCAAGAGGACAUCAAUCAAAAUAGACUGGUUUAUAUCCACAACACAUCAGUUCUAGUUGAUUCCUUCCAUUUCAGAGUAUGGGAUGAUAAGUUUAGACCCCAGUUCAGAGUGUUCAACAUCAUUAUAUUGCCAGUUAAUUUAACAAUAUCACCUGGAAUGCCUUUAUACAUACAACAAGGUGUGGAUACUGUAUUUUUGUCUGAAAAACAAUUUUCUAUCAGAACAAACGCCAAUAAAUAUAAAAUCAAAUAUUCCUUGAAGAGAGAGCCUAAACAUGGAGUUUUAUAUGUUAAAAAUGCACCUUCAAAUACCUUCACGCAGUUGGACUUGGAAAAAGAAAAUGUGAUGUAUCUUCAAUCUGAUAUGACAACAGCCAAUGAUAGUUUUCAAGUAGAUGGAGAAAUUGUGUCAGGCAAUACGUCGUUUUCCAGUGAAAUCGAAGUGUACAUCAGAGUACAACCGUUAAUGCAGCUCAGAAACUUUACAGCCGUUACAGGAGAGUAUAAUAAGAUCACCCUUCAUAUACUGGAUGCAACACCUCUAGCCAAACUGACUAACAGUAAUCCAAGAUACACAGUUCUAACUGUACCAAAUUAUUGCAGAGUUAAACGAGUGAUUAGAAAUUCUGGAGAUAAAAGGAAGGUGUUGGAUUCUAUGAUUUCCUCUUUUACUCACGAAGAGAUUCAAAGUGGCCUCAUAUACUUGGAGGUUGAGGAUAUCGAAUUACCUUGGUAUGGUGUUGACGACAAAUUAACAUUCUUAUUGGCGGCCAGUAUAUUCCAACCUGCUAUAGGGGAAUUGAGGGUGAACUUAAAGAACUCAUUGCACAACAAUAUCUACUCCACGAUUGCUGGACCAAGUAACUCUGCUGGCCACGAAGGAGGAUUCCAUGUGGCCAGUCCAAACAUGACAAGAGAUUACUUUUUAUUAGUUACAAUGGUUACUGGAGUGGUCCUCCUGGGUGUGGCUGUAAUAACAAUAAUCAAAUGCAGGACAUAUGAACCGACAGAUAUGAAAGAAGAUAUACAGCCUAUGGCAUUGCCCCGCCCUCCCGAUAGGUUGAUGUCUUCCUCCCCCCCUUUAAAGCAUCACAUAGAUGAAUUCUCGCAACAAAUGCCAGCACUGCCACAGUGCAAAAUAACACCCCUUGCUGGUGUAGGCGAAUUAGAUUCUCAAGGUGUCUACCCGUACGGUGUGGAAGAACAGUCUGAAGAAUGGAGUAGUUGUGAAGCAUCUGAUCCUCCUUGUUCGAAUAAAAAUAUUAUGUUGCGUAGGAACCAAUAUUGGGUAUGAAAUAUCAUUUAUUAUGGACUAGUUUGGAGAUUCUUAUUAUAGAUAUAAAAGAAUUGAGCGUGUCUUAGUUGAUAGUCGAAUUUUUAUACAUGUUUUAUAGUUAUAGGUUUUCCAAACUUCUAAUAAUCUCAAACAUAAAUGUUUUAAUCAAAAGUUAUUUAUUAUUGAAUUGUUGUAUUGGAUAAUUUGUUGACUUGGAAAAUUUAAUGAAGCACUAUUCGGUGCAUGAACUUCUUGGAUUAAUGAAUUUUAUCUACAAAAAACUUUUCAGGAUGAAAUAUCUUUGAAAUAUUAAAAAACAUGGGAUAUUUAUUUUACCGAUUCGAAAUCAUUUUAUUUAAUGUAUUGUCGUUAUCAUCCUCAUUUAGUGCUAUAUCUCAUCAGUAAUCAAUAAUAUUGUUGAUAAAUUAUAGGUCUCUUUUCAACAGAUAAAUAGUCAGAUAGUCUUUUUUUUUAAUAUUUUUUGACAGAAUUGUUAUUCUAUGAAAUAUCCAGUAUUUUAUUUAUAAAGAUAUGAAAAAUUAAAUAGCAUUUGGUUAUUCAGAAGAA